AUGGACGGCCCCACCAGCAGCGCAUGGCAUUCUACCACACCUGUCCCUUCUUUUGAGACGUCUCAAAAGUCCAUUCCCCACCCCAACCCAUUUCCCCCCCCUGUGCUUUCCCCCCCCUGUGCUUUCCCCCUCACCUGCUUCCCUCCCCCCGUUCCACCCCCACACCUGCUUCCCUCCCCCCGUUCCACCCCCACACCUGCUUCCCUCCCCCUGUUCCACCCCCACACCUGCUUCCCUCCCCCCGUUCCACCCCCACACCUGCUUCCCUCCCCCCGUUCCACCCCCACACCUGCUUCCCUCCCCCCGUUCCACCCCCACACCUGCUUCCCUCCCCCCGUUCCACCCCCACACCUGCUUCCCUCCCCCCGUUCCACCCCCACACCUGCUUCCCUCCCCCCGUUCCACCCCCACACCUGCUUCCCUCCCCCCGUUCCACCCCCACACCUGCUUCCCUCCCCCCGUUCCACCCCACAACCUGCUUCCCUCCCCCCGUUCCACCCCCACACCUGCUUCCCUCCCCCCGUUCUACCCCCACACCUGCUUCCCUCCCCCCGUUCCACCCCCACACCUGCUUCCCUCCCCCCGUUCCACCCCCACACCUGCUUCCCUCCCCCCGUUCCACCCCCACACCUGCUUCCCUCCCCCCGUUCCACCCCCACACCUGCUUCCCUCCCCCCGUUCCACCCCCACACCUGCUUCCCUCCCCCCGUUCCACCCCCACACCUGCUUCCCUCCCCCCGUUCCACCCUCACACCUGCUUCCCUCCCCCCGUUCCACCCCCACACCUGCUUCCCUCCCCCGGUUCCACCCCCACACCUGCUUCCCUCCCCCCGUUCCACCCCCACACCUGCUUCCCUCCUCCCGUUCCACCCCCACACCUGCUUCCCUCCUCCCGUUCCACCCCCUCACCUGCGCCUCCGGGGCUCCAAACGCCAGGCACUCCGCCAGCAGAGGCACGGCCCCACAGCGCACGGCAGCGCCAAGUGGCGGGCUGUGAUUGGCCGAGAGCAGCUGGCGCAGCGCCAUGAGCGCCUCCACCCGUUCCUGCUGCACGGCUGCCCCGCCUGCUCUGGCGCUGGGAGUGCGUGGGUGCGAGCCCCGCCUCUUCCACCUGCCCCGCCUCUUUCAGAGGUGACUCUAACUCGAACGCCCUUGAGCCUUUUAACCGCCUCCUUCACUCGAGCGCCGCCACCCUCUCCUGCUGCACUGCUGCUCCCCCCGCUCUGA